AUGCUCUCGGGCAUCCUCAUCUUCAACCAGAAGGGGGAGAACCUCAUCUUCCGCGCAUUCCGCAGUGAUUGCCGCCCCCGCCUCGCCGAUAUCUUCCGCAUCCAGGUCAUCUCCAAUCCGCAGGUGCGCUCGCCGAUCCUGACCCUGGGCUCGACGACUUUCAGCCAUGUCAAGCACGAGAAUAUCUAUUUGGUAGCUGUGACUAAGAGUAAUGCCAAUGCCGCGCUGGUGUUUGAGUUCCUGUAUCGGCUGGUGGUGCUGGGGAAGAGCUACUUCGGCAAAUUGGACGAGGAAGCCGUAAAGAAUAACUUUGUGCUGAUCUACGAGUUGCUUGACGAAAUUCUGGACUUCGGCUACCCGCAAAACACCGAGACUGAUACGCUGAAAAUGUACAUUACGACCGAGGGAGUCAAGUCGGCCAUCGCCAAUUCCCCGACAGAUUCCAGUCGGAUUACAAUGCAGGCAACUGGAGCGCUCUCGUGGCGGCGGUCCGACAUCAAGUACCGCAAAAACGAAGCAUUCGUCGACGUGAUCGAGGACGUCAACCUCUUGAUGUCAGCAACCGGCACGGUACUCCGCGCCGAUGUCAACGGACAGAUUGUUAUGCGGGCAUAUCUCACAGGCACACCAGAAUGCAAGUUCGGACUCAAUGACCGGCUCCUCCUGGACGGCGGCGAGCCGACCGGGCCAGGAGGUGGUCGUGGUGGCGGAGCAUCAGGCGGCGGAAUCGGGGCAUCGAAAGCGACACGAGCCGCCGCCGGGUCCGUGACACUGGAAGACUGCCAGUUCCACCAGUGCGUUAAGCUGGGGCGGUUCGACGCAGACCGGAUCAUCUCGUUCGUGCCGCCGGACGGCGAGUUCGAGCUGAUGCGAUACCGGGCGACGGAGAACGUCAACCUGCCGUUCAAGGUGCACCCAAUCGUGCGCGAGAUCGGCACCACCAAGGUCGAGUACAGCGUCGCCAUCAAGGCCAACUACAGCUCCAAGCUGUUCGCGACCAACGUCAUCAUCCGCAUCCCCACCCCGCUCAACACCGCUAAAACCACCGAGCGCACCAGCCAGGGCCGCGCCAAGUAUGAGCCCGAGCACAACAAUAUCGUCUGGAAGAUUGCCCGCUUCUCGGGCCAGAGCGAGUAUGUCCUCAACGCCGAGGCGACCCUCACCUCUAUGACCCACCAGAAGGCCUGGAGCCGUCCCCCGCUCAGCCUGUCGUUUGGGCUGCUCAUGUUUACCUCGUCCGGCUUGCUUGUGCGCUACCUCAAGGUCUUUGAGAAGAGUAAUUAUAGCUCUGUCAAGUGGGUGCGUUACAUGACUCGUGCGGGGAGUUACGAGAUCCGGUUCUAA